UAGGAGAGCUGUGUUAUAUGGAUACUUCAGCUUCAUUUGAACAGCUUAACAUGUCAAUUACUUUUCUAUAUACUAGUUGCACAAUCAGUGCCUUUUUAUUCAGAUUGUUUAUCACUUCAAAUGAACUUGAAAUUACAUUAGAAAAGGCAAUAAAUUUAUUUAAGACAAUUCUUCCUGAAAAUGCAUUUUUUGGAUGCAGUUCAUUAGGUCUAAUUAUUUUUCUAACAGAUAAUUCUAAUGCAAAAUAUAAUGCUUUAAAAACAUGUUAG